CAAUCAAUCUUACACACUCCGACUUUGGCACAUUUACCCAUCUGCUCCCCUUCAGCCCCGGGAGCGGCGUACACAUCACACCUCUCCCACUAGAGCCGCCAUCACCAUGGCUUUGGGGUCCCUGGCGUUUGGGGCUCUGGGUGAGGAGGAAGAGCAAGAGGAGGAGACCCUGGACAGCUUGAAGGCACUCACUGCCAAACUAAAGCUGCAGACCAGAAGGCCCUCCUACCUGGAGUGGACAGCCAGGGUCCAAAGCCAAGCCUGGCGCCGAGGCCAGACCAGGGCUGACCUAGGGGAACCAGGCGCAAGGACCAUCUGUGGUUUCCACACUCUGGAUGACGCCUUGCAGUGGCUCAGAGAGGAGCUGAGGCAGAUGCAGGCCCAGGAUCGGGAGCUGGCAGGGCAGCUGUUGCGCCUCCGGUCCCGCAUGCACCAGCUGAAGGUGGAGCAGAUCUGCAGGCAGCACCAGGAGCUGUUGGACGCUGCUGAACUGGAGGCCGAGGCCGAGGGGAUGGGCUUCGGGGAGGCGGCAGAGCUGCUGAGCCCAGACUCCCUGCGGGCCCCUCGCCUGCUGGCUCCCUCGCUCAGGGACAUUGGUCUCACCCGGAUGAACAUCAGCACUCGUCGCUUCACCCUUUGCUAAACAGGCUGGCCCUGCUGCCUGACCCAGACCUCGGGAUCCUGCCCUGGCCCGAGGGACCCCCUGCCUAGAGGCUGGGAGCUCUCCAAUCGUUCCAGAGUCAUUCACUAUUCCCUUAUCUCUGUGGGAGAGAGAGAGGACACCAGAUGUCAAAACCGGAUUUUCUCUUUCA